AUGGCACCCUCCACCAUCUCCUUCCACCCUUCCACCCUCAUGUCCGCCGCCGGAUUCCCCGACCGGGCCAUACUCUGCAACGCGGUGCGCGCCUCGAAGCACCGGAACGCGACCACCGCCCACUGCGAGACGAGCGAGGGCCAUACAGUCGAGGUCUCCUUCUGGCUCGUCCACCCGCCGGCCGUCUCCUACCUGAGCGUCAACUGCCCCGGCCUCGACGAGUCCCACUUCGCCGACAAAACGGAUCCGCCCUGGCUCGUCUGCGCCGAGGCCGCCUUCGUCCUCUUCACCGUCACGGUCCGGGGCACCACCGACCACUUCGUCUACACAGCCGGCCCUGCAGGGGACCGAUCGCUGCAGCUGCUCCCGGACCCCAACACCGGACCCUUCACAAACCACACAUAUGCCCUCUUGCCCCGCGGCGGCGACAGCUUCGACGUGGCCUUCCUCGACCGCAGGUGGAUAUCCCAAGAUGAUGGCUGGCGGUUCCAUGCCUCGGUCUUCUCAUCUGAAACACAGUCUUGGAGGAGGAGCAUGGUCUCGUUGCAGCACCUAUCCGAGUCUGACAAGUCACUGUGCGGCCAUCACAGCUUGUCCAAGCAGAUCGCGGUCGGAGGAGACUCGCUGGGCUGGGUUGAUCUCGCGAGUGGUAUACUACUUCUCCAGGACCUCUUCGAUGAGCACCCCGUCAUCAGGUUUAUCCAUUUCCCUGAGUCGAGGGUUCGCUUCAUGGACGACGACGGCAUCCCGCACUACCCCGAUGAGUAUUAUUGCAAUGUCGCCUGCUAUGACGAUCUCAUCAAGUUCAUCCACGUAGAAUUCGACGACCCUGCUAUCCGGACCAGCGGUCAAGGUUGGAGAGCCACCAUGUGGAGUAGGAAGAUCUCUUGGAACAACUGGCGCCGCUGCUCCACUGUUGAUGUUGCUAAUAUCUCGGUUGACCAAAGCUAUUCUGAUUUAUUGCCUGUGCUACGGAAUGAUGAGAUGCAGCGACUGGAAUUGGAGAGACUGAUUUUCCAUACCCCGGUCCCGAGCGUACGCAAUGACGAUGUUUUUUACAUGAUGGCCAAGGUGAAUGGUAAAAAAGACACUGCCUGGGCCAUCGCAAUUGACAUGAAACGUGCGGCUGUGGAAGCAAUGGCCCCCUUUUCUGCUCAAGUGUACAGUCUCGUUACAAUGUACCGUCCAUGCGUCUUCCCCAAGUACCUCAACAUGACCCCAGGGGCAGGCAUGGGUAAUCCAGUAAAUGAGUGUUUUAAGCGGUUGAGUGCGAAGCAAUGUCUGUUGGAAGUGCUGUGGACUCUAGACUGGCUUCGAGAACUCGAUCAAGUCUUGGAAAUUGAGAGGUCAACUUACAACACCUGUAGAUUGCUACUUCAGCUUUCUCCAGUAUCAUCUCUUCGUUCCAAUAUCGAAUCAAUGGUAAAAUGUGCUUCGUUCUGUAAUGGUCAAGGUGAAGCUGCAUCCAAAGCCGUGAACUUUUGCUUAAGAGCCUUGGAUGAUUUCGACUUGGCACUACAUGAAUCACCAUGUGAUCUGUCCGCAUCUGUUGAAGCCAUCAGGUUCAAAAUCAGGGAUGUCCUUCAAGCUCUAGACAAUAUAUUGCAAAUCGUGCCACCGACAUUGAUAACAGAAGAAGGGACACCUGGAGAAGGAAAAAGAGGAGAAGCACUAUCGGAAACCUGCGAGAAGCCGGAUAAUGAAUCUGACAAGUGGCAGAAAGAGACUUCCAAGCCCAGUAACUCUCGAGUGGAGAAGUAUCAAGAGAACAAGGGGGCAUGUGACAGGAAAGAACGAAGAGCCAUGAUGGUUUGGGAUGUCAGGUUGCUGAUUCUCAUUGUCUUAUUUCUGGCAUCGCUCGUCUUCACUGAUUCAGGUUUUGCUCUAGAAUCUGUUGAAAGAAGUCUAAAUCACCCCCCUAACUGUCAUGUCUCGGACGCUGACACCCGUUUUGGACACGGUGGAUUGGUUCAGCCGGACCAGAUCGAGCCGAACCAGAUCGAGACGCAGCUAGGCAAGGCCCAUUCCCCCCACCCCCUUCCGAUUGUUGACCUUGGCAAGGCGCUCGUCCCGUCACCCGGCUUCCUCCUCCCAAAAUCCGUACAUGCAUCGCCAAAAACUCCCACUCCACCGCCGCCGGGAGCUGGCAAGCGCGCAUCUCGGCUAAGCCUCACGCACUCCCCUUGGAGACAACUCUUGGUCGUGGUGCCGGAAGAACUUCCAGACUUGGAGAUGGAAUCCACUAUCCGAAGUGGCAAGCCGUCGUUCGCGGAGGUUCUUGCGGAGAUGGAGGCCACUAUCGGAAGUGGCAAGCCGCCGUCUGUGCGGGCGUCACGGGAGCGAGGGGAGCACGGCGUGUGCACCUCCUAG